UAUAUAAUUUUCUAAUACAAAUAUAGGGUAUACGAAAAAAAUAGUAGGUUUGUCCGAACCCCUACCUAGCUUCGCAAGUGUGGUUUCCAUCUGGUCUAAAACAGAGAAGCUUCACUUGUGUUAGCUUGAUGCUGUAGAAUAGUAAUAUACAGGAUUUAUGUGUAGUUGAUUGAUUGAAUGAUUAGUACUGUUGAAAGCACCCUUUGUAUGGGUUUUUCAAAUAGUGCACUCAAGGUGUUCGAUGAAAUGACUUUAUCAUGUUUUUUGAAUUGAAACUCAUCAUGAUCUCUAAUCGUUGCAUAACUCCUCCCCACACCCCUGAAAAAGUAAAUUGUAAGGUGUUGCAGAUUGGGAACCAAUUAAACCGAGUUGCAGAAUGCCAUCUCUCCAAACAGUAUUACCUCCGGAACUAGCCAAUAAUGCUAUCCGACUUUAUCGGGAGUGUCUCCGACGAGCAAAAUACAUUGGCAGUAAGCAACAUAACACAGAGCUUCUUGUUGGUAUGGUGAGACAGCAGUUCAAAAAGAAAAUGCACGAGACUGAUCCGGAUAAAAUUCAGAAAUUGAAGGAUGAUGCUGCGAGGGGGCUAAUAAAUCACAUGUUGCAUGAAUCUGAAAAGAUGACUGGCCGGAAAUUCAGCCAGAAUUGUUGAAUUUGCCUGUUAGCAAACUGCUACAAGUAAUUCCAAGAUACCAGUCCCAAUUUUGGUUUAGGAUGUACUAAAAUUUUUCGAUAUCAGUACUAAAACCUUGGACAGAGUUUGGCUUUAACAUUUGGCCGCAGCCCAGAAGUUUCAUUUAGAUUACUUUUCCAUACCUUAGCGAUACAGAUGUUGUGUCUAAAUUUAUGAAGUAUUUUAAUGAUGAAUAGUUUUUUCUUUGCAAAGUAGUUAAAUGUUCUGAAACUGAAAAUCAUAUAGUGACAACUUUCAGAAAUGGUGAAAAUUCUCAGGCAAAGUUAU